AUGAUUGCCGACAUCGAGAAGGCUUUCCUGCAGAUUAUGUUAGACGCUCAAGAUCGCGACUGUCUUCGGCUUUUCUGGUACACGGUCACCCCAUCUGCAGACGAACCCCUGCCUCAAGUUGAAACAUGGCGCAUGACCCGAGUUCCCUUUGGAGCCACGUGCAGUACAUUUCUCUUAGCUGCCACCAUAAACCAUCAUCUACGGUCCAUGGAAUCUACUUAUCCUUCGACAACUAGCCGGCUGAAGUGUCAUUUUUACGUCGACGAUCUCGUUCUCUGGCGUACGGCUGGAGACAAUAUUAGCUGCUCCCUUUCGUCAGCUUACGACUUUAUCAAGCCCGCAAAGCCUACCAAGCGACAUGUCUUGCGUAGCAUUUCCCGCAUCUUCAACCGCUUUGGACUUUUAGCGCCUUUUGCGAUAACUGCGAAGAUCCUUUUCCAAACCCUAUGGAAGGAGUAUACUCCAUGGGAUGAUGUUUUAUUGCCUCUCCACAGCACAGGCUGGAACACCUGGUGCGCCGGCAUUCCCAAGCGCGAGAGUUAUUCCCUUCCUCGCCUACUUGACCUGGAUGCCCCUACCAGCAUUAAGCGUUUCUCUCUACAUGUUUUCUGCGAUGCAAGCCCCGGUGGCUUUGGCACGGUUGCUUCCCUUCGCAACCCAGACGUCUGCAGAGUCAAUUUCGUGGCCGCCAAAUCUCGCGUUGCACCACUCAAGACUCAGAGCCUUCCUCGCCUGAAACUUAUGGCGGCACUCCUAGCAGCUCGGCUUGCCCACACCGUGUCAGAUGCGUUUUCGCUGCAAAAAGAAAACUGUACAGCUUGGACGGAUUCCAUGAUUGUCUUGGAUAUUCCAUGA